UACAACGCCAUCGUUUAAGGCGGGGCAAACAACGGAAACUCCAAAGUCAUAUGAUCGAUCUGCAAUUCAUUUAGGACACAGCCAUCUCUGUUCGUUACAAGGAUGGCCAGCCAAACGCAAGGUAUUCAACAGCUUCUGGCAGCUGAAAAAAGAGCUGCGGAAAAGGUUGCAGAAGCUAGAAAACGUAAGGCACGCAGAUUGAAGCAAGCGAAGGAGGAAGCACAGGAUGAAAUUGAGAAAUAUAGGCAAGAACGAGAAAGACAAUUCCGUGAAUUUGAAGCAAAGCACAUGGGAUCGAAAGAGGAUGUAGCAGCACGUAUAGAAGCUGAUACAAAAUUAAAAACAGAGGAAAUGAGUCAGACCAUCUGUAUGCAUAAAGAUUCCGUUGUGUGUACGAUCUUGGACUUGGUGUACGACAUUAAACCAGAAUUGCACAAGAACUAUCGUAUCGAAAUUUAAGUUAGAAGAAUCGUAUCGAUCGAUUAUAAAUAUUGCAUCUUAUAUUAUAAAUGUACAUUAGGUACUUUCCUUUAUCAUAUCUUAAUACGUAUCGAUUGUUGUUACAUUAUAAUCUUAUUGGAGAAUGUAUAUACCUUUUAAUCGUAGAUGGUGAUAUAUAUUGAAAUUAUUAGAAUUUUCUCUGCAGUUGCUAUAUGACAAUAAAUGUAAUUGUAUUUAUGCUGAGCUUUUACCACCAUUAUUGGAGAGUUGAAGGUCAUAGUAGCACUAAACAAGUUAUCGUCAUUGUGAUAUAUCAAGGCCUAGAUAUAUUAAGAUGACGUGUAAAUGUUAAAGCUUAGGGUGAUGGAGAAAAAGUUAUGUGUCAUUAUAGCAUAUAUCGUUAGAUGUCAUUCCAUAAUUCUGUUACAUCGAGGACAAGAUGCAUGUUAAAGGAUGUACAACUUCUAAAGAAUCACGAAUAAGCUCCUAAUCCGAUGGUUCUCACGACGAUGUACAUAAAUGCGUAUUACUUGUUUUGUCUAUUUUGUUUUGUUAAGUCAUAGGAGGGAAUGAAGUUACAUUUGAUGUAUAAACCCUGUCUCUGUAUGCUGCUGGUUCAUCUGUACAGUAUUAAUGUUUGAAAAUAAAAACCGUGAACGUGUAA